AUGGGUGCUUAUUUGUCUCAGCCUGUUACUGAAAAAAUAUCUAGUGACGAAGUAAACGAAAAACUAGAAUGUGGUGCCAGUUCCAUGCAAGGUUGGCGUGUCAAUCAAGAGGAUGCUCACAAUACAAUUCUUGAUUUUGACGAAAAUACAUCUUUGUUCGCUGUUUACGACGGUCACGGUGGCGCCGAAGUAGCUACAUACUGUUCUCAAAACUUACCAAAUUUUAUAAAGAAUACCGAUGCAUACAAAAAUGGAGACAUGAAUAAGGCAUUAACAGACGCCUUUCUAGGAUUUGAUGCCACCAUUGCAACGAAAGAGGUUAUGGAGAUACUGAAAGAAUUAGCAGGUGAAAUCAAUCCUCCAGGCCCCAGUGACAAUGAAGAAUCUGAUGAUGAAAAUAUCAGCAAUUUGUACAAAGAUGCGGGACUGCCUCUUCAGGAGGUGUUGGCCAAAUAUGAAAAUAAGUGGAGUGCUCUCCAUCGUACAAGAGUUGGUGAUACAGCUACACCAUUGUCACCAUGUUUACGUGCAAAGAAAAACUUUGAUGAUGCUGAAGGAUCAGGUGCUGGAGCAUCAAGUUCUAGUGCAGAAAUCAAAUUUGUUGCGGGUUCAAGCUCGGAAAAAAAUGAAGAUGAAGCUACAUCCAGUAUAAAUGGAUUAUCAAAAAUAGAUAAAUCCGACGAAGAUACUGGUGGCGUCUCCUCGUCAAAUUGUAAUGAUGACAAGGAAGUGAAUGGAGUGGUAUCAACAAGUGAACAGAAUGAAACAGCGGCCACAUCAAUGGAGGUUGAUAAAGUUAAUACACCAGACAGUUCUGGGGAGAAUUGUAAUCACCCAGAACAAAGCGCCGACUCAAAAAGCACAUCCGAAGUUUGCAAUGGUGAAGUAACAAAUUCAAAAAUUGAUGGUGAAAACAAUAUCAGUUCCUCGAAUGGAUCAGCAACACCGGUUAAGUCUGAUGUAACCAAAGUGUCGAGUUCAGAAAAAGCUCCAGAGAGACCAAAGAAAUCGAAGCUAAGACGAGCUGCAGCAGCAGUGUAUGAGUCAUUAUUAAGGCAGGGAUUGACAGUUGAUGAGGAAGAUGACGAUGAAAGUGACUCUAAUGAUGAAACCUUUGAAGGAGGCGAGGUUGAUUCUUCAGACGAAGAACAAGUCAAUGGUGUUGGAGAAUCCUCAAAUGAUGAAGCAGACGAAGAUGAUGAUGAUGACGAUGAUGAUGCUGAAUCAAGUGGUGAUGAGAGGGAGGAAGAUAUAAACUUGGUUGAGGAACCUGGAAGUGAUAGUGGCUGUACUGCGGUUGUGGCAUUACUUAAAGGUAAUGAACUGUAUGUUGCUAAUGCCGGUGACUCUCGCUGCAUUAUAUGCAGAGAGGGCAAAGCGAUAGACAUGUCAAUAGAUCACAAACCUGAAGACAGCCCAGAACUUGAAAGGAUAACUAAAGCUGGCGGCAAAGUAUCAAGUGAUGGACGCAUUAAUGGUGGCCUUAAUCUGUCUCGAGCUAUCGGAGAUCAUUCAUACAAACAAAACAAGGAACUAAAUGCAAAGGAGCAAAUGAUUACAGCCUUACCAGAUGUAAAAACAUUACAGCUAGAACCAGAAAAGGAUCAGUUUAUGGUGUUGGCUUGUGAUGGAAUAUGGAACUUUAUGUCUAGUCAGGAUGUAUGUGACUUUAUCCUUCCCAGAUUGGCUGAAGGAAGGGACAGGUUAUCACAAAUAUGUGAAGAGAUGUUUGACCAUUGUCUGGCACCUAGUACAAUGGGUGACGGUACUGGCUGUGACAACAUGACUGCCAUUAUAGUGAGGUUCAAAGAUGGAGUUAUUGGUGAUGUUGGACAGUACACAACUGAAUCAAAGAAACGCACAGCAGACGAAGAACCCAAUGACGACCAGCAAGACACAAAAAGGCCAAGAAUUGAUGACUCUUUAUCAAGUUCAAUUGUGACUUCGACGUGCUAA